AUGGCCACGUAUAUGAUUGACACGCACUGUCAUUUGGUUGAUAACAAAUUCAAGUCCGAUGUUGAUGACGUCAUCGAACGGGCCAAAUCGAGCGGUGUGAAGCAUGCUGUGGUAUGUCCAGAGUAUGCAAGUCAAUUCGACGCCGUAUUGGAAUUGCGAUCAAGACACCCCGAUUUCGUGCUGCCCGCUAUAGGGAUACAUCCUAUUCAGAAAAAGAAUAAAUCGGUCAAGUUGGAGGAUAUCGAAGGUGUGGAACAGUUCAUUUCAAAGCACCGUGAUCAGGUCUACUGCAUCGGAGAGGUUGGUCUGGACUUUACCGAGAGAUACAACAUUGGUCCUGAAAAGAUGGCCAUUCAAAGGGAAGUGCUAGCAAGACAUAUUGAAUGGGCGAAGCAGUUUGAACUACCUCUGUGA